UGUGAGAGCAGAGAUAACGUAUCUGACUGUAAUUAUGUCAUAUUAUUAAUAUACAGCGACAAAUAUUGAAUUACCUACGUAGCAGUCAGAUCUUAACAUAUUGUCGCGUGCUGUGGGACUGAGUACGUGUUGUGUUUGUUAGAUUGCGUGACGGUUAAAGUAAAAAAUGAUUGAAAAAAGAAUUUUGGUUAUUUACACUGGUGGCACAUUUGGGAUGUUGAAAAAUGAAAAAGGAGUACUGGUCCCUCAAAAGAAUAUCGAGCAUCGAGUCAUCAGAAAAUUGUCCCAACUACAUGACAAUGAAUAUUGGGAGAAGCGGCUUGCUAAGACAGACAGACAGGAAUACCUUGCUCUACCAGAUGGUAAAGAUACAGAUGUGAAGGUGCUUUACAAGAUCCUAGAGUACGAUGAACUGAAAGACUCGUCGGAUUUCAUGACGGACGAUUGGAUAAAAAUCGCCAGAGAUAUUAAGAAAUAUUACAUGGAUUACGACGGCUUCGUUGUACUCCAUGGCACAGACACGAUGGCGUAUGGCGCUUCCAUAUUGUCAUUUAUGUUGGAAACUGUUGGCAAGACUGUUGUCCUCACUGGAGCUCAGGUCCCAAUUUUCCAACCACGCAGUGACGGCAAUAACAACAUUUUGUGCGCACUUCUGAUCGCAGCCACACAGUAUAUACCUGAAAUAACCGUAUUCUUUGGAUGUAAGCUCUUCAGAGGGACAAGAGUGAAAAAAGUAUCAAAUACUCGGAUCUAUGCGUUUGAUUCGCCCAAUUUCCCGGCUUUAUUAGAAGCUAAAACGACAAUAGACGUCGAUCCUAAGAUGUUGUUGCAUGUUUCUGUUCCCAAUGAAUGCAUUCUGCACGACAGAUUAUGCACAAAGAUCUAUUUAUUGAAAGUCACACCAACCAUAACACCAGCUAUUAUAAGAGCUGUUUUUGAAGGCAUGGAAGGUAUUGUUCUAGAAACGUAUGGAAACGGAAAUAUCCCAAUAAAACGCAAAGAGAUCUAUGCAGAAAUAGAGAGAGCUGUGAAAAACAAUGUCCUUGUUGUAAAUGUGACGCAGUGCGUGAAUGGCAUGGUGCAUGGAAAGCCGCUGUAUGAAACUGGUUUGUUACUAUUAGAAUGCGGUGUGGUACCCGCUUAUGACAUGACGUCAGAGGCUGCACAAGCGAAACUUUCAUAUGUGCUCAGUAAGACUGAACUUUCUUAUGCAGAAAAAGUCGAGCUCAUGAAGACGAACAUACGAGGCGAGUUACACAAUCCACAUUUGGGUGUUAAAUAAAAUUAAUAAAUUUUAAGUUAAAACUAAAAAAAGGCGCUCGUUGAGAAUAAAAAAUAAUUAAUUAAAAUAAUUUGUCAU